AACUACGAAAAUGGCAUUUUAAGGGCAGUUCUGUAAUAUUGAGUUUUCCCUCUGCGUAUUCUCUCUUUGAAAACAGAGGAGAGAAGAAAGAACACAGAAGAGAAAAAAUAACAGAGAAAAAGGAGGGAAGAAGAAGGAAAGAAAGAGAAGAAAAGAGAGAAGAGGAGAGCAUAUGGAGGAAAAGAUCCGGAAAAUAUUUUGGGCGAAAGAUCCACCCGAGUGCUUUUGAGUUCAGAACCCGGUUAAUUAUACUAGGGUUUUAGGCGGGUUUUAAUAUACCACUCUUCAAACACCACCUCUCUCUCUCUCUCUCUCUCUCUCUCUCUCAAUUUGGAGCUUCUGAAUCUGGCGGUCAUGUGGAGAUCACCAGCAAUAUCUUUUCUGGUUGGCCGGUUAACUCAGCUUGGAGUGGUCAGGGUCCAAACUUUGAACAAAUCCAAUUACAGUACUAUGUUGUUGCAAUCUCAGAAAUCCAACCAAAGUGCUACACCAACAGCUGCGGCAUCUUUUCAGGAAGAAUGCAACAGCCAAGGUACGAGUCGAGAGCAUCAAAUUGGAGAGAAUGUUCCCAGAAAGGACAAGGUCAAGUUUCUUGUGAAUACUCUUCUCGAUAUCAAGGACAGUAAGGAGGCUGUUUAUGGUGCUCUAGAUGCAUGGGUUGCAUGGGAACAAAAUUUUCCUAUUGCAUCACUUAAGAGGGCAUUACUUGCUCUUGAGAAGGAACAGCAAUGGCAUAGAGUUGUUCAGGUGAUUAAGUGGAUGCUAAGCAAGGGGCAGGGAACCACAAUGGGAACAUAUGGCCAACUAAUAAGAGCUUUAGAGAUGGACCAUAGAGCAGAAGAAGCACACAAGUUUUGGGACCAGAAAAUUGGGAUCGAUCUACAUUCAGUUCCGUGGCAGUUGUGCAAACGAAUGAUAGCUAUAUACUAUCGAAAUAACAUGCAAAAGAAUCUUGUGAAGCUCUUCAAGGACUUGGAAGCUUUUGAUCGAAAGCCUCCAGAGAAAUCAAUAGUGCAGAAAGUGGCAAAUGCAUAUGAGAUUUUGGGCUUACUUGAAGAAAAAGAGAGGGUGCUGCAGAAGUACAAUCAUCUUUUCACUGAAGAUGCAUCCCUCAGGAAACGUAGGAAAGCCCCACCUAUGAAAAAGAAGAAAUAAGGUAAGGCCUUGUAGACCAUGUUUGAGGCGAUCAUCCCUUCCUACAGCGACGACAAUUUACAGCAAUUGGAAAUUAUCAAUGUUUGCAACGACGCAAGAUCGGAUAGCCACCCUGGUAAUGCGGAGAAAUUGAGACAAUGUCCAAUCCUAAUGUGUUGUAAAAGUGUCGGCAAAUCUUUUCCCUUCUGGCAAAGACUCCAACUGUGGUAACUAAUAAAAAUAAAAAACAAUGUUUGGAGGUUCAUGCUUAAGCCGUCUUUCUUGUCCUUCCCUUGAGUUGAAUCAGGUUGUCAAAAUUGUCAAUCUGCAGUCUCCUAUGGUUGAGAGACCAAUUUUCCACCGCCUGUAAAGCAACGAAAACAAAGAUUUUAAGUUGCCGCAUUUUUCGGAGCGUAAAGAUGGAAGAGAAGUGAAGAACCCUAUUCAAUUUGCCAGUUGACAGUUGUUUUGUGGUAACUACUAAACAUCUUCUGCUGAUAAUUUUUCUUGUUUGGCUUGGCAGCUCUUCUAGUGCUUCACAUUCUCGACACCUAAAAGUUGCAGGUUUUGCUGCUCGCAGUGGAACUAGCGAGUUUCUUACUUCUUGAGACUCCGAGACAAGUGUAAGAAUUUUAAAUGCUUCAUGGUAUUGAGACUCCGAGACAAGUGUAAGAAUUUUAAAUGCUUCAUGGUAUUACUUCAAAACAUGAGUUACUUUACAGGCCAA